AUGGGGCCGACUGCAGUCAUUGCCUAUGCCAAUAUUGCCAAGCAAGGAAAGGUUAAUCUGUUUCCCUCUACCGUAAGAUGUAUGACAUGGAAGCAGAAGAAGAAAGCCUAGCACCCUUUGGUCUUUUGGAAAUUAAAGUUGUAAAAGAAGGUUCUGUGGACCUCAGAAAUAUUCAACAUUUAUCAACCAAUGUUGAUAACGAGCUAGAAAUCAAGAAAUCGCACAAAUAUUACUACCAAGUGCAAUGA